AUGGUUCAUUUGGCUACAGAAUUGAUUCAUGGUGAUGAUAAGGACAACAGAGUUACCGACGUUGCUCCACCAAUUAAUGUCGCAACCACAUUUCGUUAUGAUAAUGAUGAUUUAGUAGCAUGGAACGAUAGAGAAAAUUUAGAUUUCAUGGAAAAGCAACCAAUUUACUCGAGAUUGGCUCAUCCAAACAGUACUAGAUUAGAAAGUUUAUUCUCAAAGAUCUUGCUUGGUCAUGCAAUCAUUUAUUCAUCUGGCUGUUCUGCAUUUUUUGCAGCUAUGAUUCAUUACAAUCCAAAGAGAGUCUUUAUGGGUCAAAGUUAUCAUGGUUGUCGUGCAAUUGCAAACAUUUUAACAAGAAACUUUGACGUCAAACAACAUACACUUGAUGAUAUUGAACAGUUUGCUCAGAAAGGUGAUGUUGUCCAUUUAGAGACACCCGUGAAUCCAUAUGGUACUUCCUACGAUAUUCAAAGUUUUGCAGAUAGAGCUCAUGCAAAAGGUGCAUUUUUGAUUAUUGAUUCCACUUUUGCCCCUCCACCAUUGCAAGACGUUUGGGAAUUCGGAUGUGAUAUGAUUAUGCAUUCAGCUACAAAAUAUUUCGGUGGGCAUUCAGACCUAUUAAGUGGUGUCCUAGUGGUUAAGGAUGAAGAAAUCAGUAAGAAAUUAAGGGACGAUAGAAUAUAUUUGGGUACAAACGUUGCUAAUUUAGAAAGUUUCAUGUUGUUGAGAUCUUUAAGAACUUUCGAGAUGAGAGUAUUGAAACAAUCAGAUAAUGCUACCAAGAUAGUUAAAUUUUUAAAUGAGAACCGUACCAAAUAUGAUAAAGUUUUAAAUAAACUUUAUCAUUCUUCUUUACAAACGGAAGAUUUCGUGAAAAGACAAUUGAAAGGAGGCUAUGGACCUGUCUUUGCUUUAACCUUGAAAUCUGUAGAUCAAUGUAAGAAAUUCCCUCCACAAUUAAAAUAUUUCCAACACGCAACUUCUCUUGGUGGUGUCGAAUCAUUAGUGGAAUGGAGAGCUUUGACGGAUCCAUACAUUGAUCAAACUCUGAUUAGAGUCUCCGUUGGAUGUGAAAAUGUUGAUGAUUUGAUUAAGGACCUCGCUGGCGCUCUGCAAUAUUUACAAGAUAGCGCUUGA